AUGUAGAAAUUUCAUUAUGCGCGCUUCGCGUGACUCCUGAAAAAAAAAGGUCGUUGCUAUGCUACUUCCAACACUCGCGCCCAAAGCCAUUCCACAACCAUGGUAUAUCAAAAAGAAAACACUUCAAGAAGACUUGAAUCAACUUGCUUAUGAAGAAGAACGAUAUGCUCAAGAAACCGAACUGUCAUUAAUCACUGUACCCUAUGACGAUGGCAAUACCAACAAUAACAAUAAUAGUGCCACAGUGGAGCAAGCAGCAACGAAUAAUAAUAGUGUAUCCCAGCAACAUCAACUUUAUCAUCACGAAGAGCAACAACCGCAACAACACCAAUUAGCUUCGUCACCACUAUCUCCUAGUGAUGUUGUUCCCAUGAGUGGUGCUGAUAGUUUGGGACUAGAUGCAACACCACCAGUAGCACGGAACGAUUCCGUGAUUCAACCUCUGGACGAUGAUGUCAUGAUGGACGACGAUGAAACGCCCGUGGUCAAUUAUUCUACUCGAUACCUUGAACUACAACAGCAAGAAUUUGAUCAUUCACCUUUGAACUUGUUGGCUGAUGAUGACGACGAAGAAGACGAUUAUCAUGGAGGACGAUCUAUAUAGUGACAGUAUAUAUGUAAAUAUAUACAAAGGUUUCUU